CUUCCCUCUUUGGCGUUGAUUAGAGAAAUUAUAUUAAAAAAUAAAAUUAAAAAAUAAUAAAAACAAGAGAAAUCAGGACAAAAGAAUCAAACACCACCUCAGUAUAACCAUUUGUCCUUCACGGAGACGACGACCAGCCGCAGCCGCAGCCGCCGGCGCUUCCGCAACCGCCCAAUUGUACUGAAUAACAAUAUUCUUCUUCUUCUUCUCUCCGCAGUCAGUCAGUCUCAGUAGCCCCUCUUCACUGGAAAGCUCGAAAGACAGGAAAAAGAGAAGAUGGAGAUAGAGUUGGAGCCGAGGGUGAAACCUCUGGAAUACAAAGUCAAGGCAAUGUCACGUGAGUCGCCGUCCCAGAAGGCCGGUCACGUGCUCGACGCCGACCUCCGCUCCCACUGGUCCACCGCCACCAACACCAAGGAGUGGAUUCUUCUCGAACUCAACGAACCUUGCUUGCUAUCGCACAUACGAAUUUACAACAAGUCUGUGCUGGAAUGGGAGAUUUCUGUUGGCUUACGCUACAAGCCAGAGACGUUUGUAAAAGUUCGCCCACGUUGUGAAGCACCACGACGCGACAUGAUAUAUCCAAUGAACUAUACUCCCUGCCGUUACGUGCGAAUUUCUUGUUUGAGGGGAAAUCCUAUAUCUAUUUUCUUCAUACAGCUUAUUGGGGUUUCAGUGGCUGGCCUGGAGCCAGAGUUUCAACCUGUGGUUAACCAUCUGUUGCCAUCUAUUAUAUCUCACAAACAAGAUACUCAGGAUAUGCAUCUUCAGUUGCUUAAAGACAUGACAAGUCGGUUGGUUGUGUUCCUUCCCCAACUUGAGGCAGACCUUAACAGUUUUGUGGAUUCUGCUGAAUCUAACUUACGCUUUCUUGCUAUGCUUGCUGGUCCUUUCUAUCCAAUACUUAAUCUUGGGAAUGAAAGGACAGCUGCAAAGUCUUUGGGCAAUAUCUCAGAUUCUGAAGUUUCUAAAAAUAGCCAGCCGUCAUCAUCCCUAACUGUGUCUUCUAAUUUUGAGCCACGGAGAUCACGCAGCACUUUACCUUUUGUCCUAUCGACAUCCAGUUCUAUAGUAUUCAGGGCAGAUGCAAUUUUUCUGCUGUUGAGAAAGGCAUAUAAAGAUUCUGAUCUAGGAAUCGUUUGCAGAAUGGCUGCAAGAAUUUUACAUAAGCUUAUAGAGCCUGUUCCAGCACAUGAAGGAUCGGCAUCUCCUCGUGAAGUGACAUCUGAAGAUGAAGCAGCAAAGUCUGAAAUAACUAAUCCUGCUCCUUUAGUUGAUUACUCAAACUUGUUUGGGGAAGAAUUCCAGUUGCCGGAUGAUCAUUGGGACUCAAGCUCUCUUAACAUCUUGGAUAUAGGAGCAGUGGAGGAAGGGAUUUUACAUGUUCUUUAUGCGUGUGCGUCACAGCCUCUUCUCUGCAGCAAAUUAGCUGAUAGGACUUCUGACUUCUGGUCUGCGUUACCGCUAGUUCAAGCGUUACUUCCAGCACUUCGUCCCUCUGUUAGUCGACCUUCCGACAUUGUUGAUGACAGUUUCUCUCCAUGGAAACAACCAAUUGUGCAACAAGCCCUCUCUCAGAUUGUAGCAACAUCGUCCUCAUCAUUAUACCGUCCACUUCUUCAUGCCUGUGCUGGCUAUUUAUCUUCAUAUUCACCAUCACAUGCUAAGGCUGCAUGUGUUUUAAUUGAUCUGUGUUGUGGUGUGCUAGCACCUUGGCUAGGUCAAGUUGUUGCAAAGGUUGAUCUGGCUGUAGAGCUUCUAGAGGACCUUUUGGGUGUAAUUCAGGGUGCUCGCCAUUCUCUGCCUUGUGCUCGUGCUGCCUUAAAAUACUUCAUUCUGGCUCUCUCUGGUCAUUUGGAUGAUAUGCUAGGAAAGUAUAAGGAAGUCAAGCACAGGAUACUCUUUCUUGUGGAGAUGCUAGAGCCUUUCCUUGAUCCUGCUGUAGGCAGAUUGAAGGGGAAAAUAGCCUUUGGAGAUCUAUCUUCUGCAUAUCCAGAAAAGCAGGAAGAGAAUUGUGUUAUUGCCCUCAAUGUUAUUCGUACGGCAGUGCAGAAACCAGCAGUUCUCCCUUCGUUGGAAUCUGAAUGGAGGCGUGGAACAGUUGCUCCUAGUGUGUUACUCUCGGUAUUGGAACCUCACAUGCAGUUACCUCCUGAAAUCGAUCUUCGUACAUCUCCUGCCUCCAAACCACUGCAACCUGAAUUUUCAUCUAGUUUAUCCCAUUCUUCAGUUUCUCACCAUGGGGUAGCAUCUUCAAAAUCAAACAGCCACGAUGAAUUUGAUGGGAAGACAGAUGUUUCUGAUACAGCUGUAAAAAUUGACAUUUCUGAAGACGUCAAUCUUCUUUUUUCUCCUCCAGAACUACACAACAUUGUACUGACAAAUAUAUCCAGUGGUCCCAAUGAGAACAGCUCUGUCUCUAAGCAUGGGGAUGGUGGAUCUGAACCAAAACAUGUUGGGAAAAAUUUUCCCCACCAGUUUCAAACUGACUUAAAACUAGAUUCUGGUUUCUCAGCGGAAUAUUUCAACGUGCAGGCCGAUUAUUUUCAACUUAUAAGCUAUCAAGACUGCGAGCUCAGGGCUUCUGAAUUCCGUCGUUUGGCCUUAGAUUUGCAUUCACAGAAUGAGAUUACUGUUGAGAGUCAUGAUGCUGCUAUAGAUGCUUUGCUCUUGGCAGCAGAGUGCUAUGUCAAUCCAUUUUUUAUGAUGUCUUUCAGAGGCAGUCCAAAGUUAAUGAAGGAAAUAAACACUAAUGGGACUAGGACUCCACAAAAUCAAGAAAUGGGGGUGCAAAUGCUCGCUGAAAAGUCUAAGAGUGAAUUAGAAACCAUAGCUCUUCUUGAAAGGAAAAGAGACAAAACUGUUCUUCAAAUUCUGCUUGAGGCUGCAGAGUUAGACAGGAAAUAUCGAGAACAAGUUUCAGAUGCAGGUAUUAGUCCGUACUGCACUGCAGGAUUUGAUGAACAAGUCAUUAUGGUGUCUGCCCUUGAUGUACAAUCUGCAGAUGCUAUCACCUUGGUUCGACAAAAUCAAGCUUUGUUGUGCUGCUUUCUGGUCCAACGAUUGCAAAGGGAGCAGCACUCAAUGCAUGAAAUUCUUAUGCAGUGCAUGAUAUUUUUGUUGAAUUCUGCUACCAAGCUAUGCUGUGCUCCAGAACAUGUGAUUGACAUUGCAUUAGGAUCUGCUGAGCACUUAAAUGGGAUGCUCAGAUCCCUGUAUUACCAGUUCAAAGAUGGCAAUCUGCGGUUGGAGCCGGAAACAAUACAUGGGAUACAACGACGGUGGAUACUUCUUCAAAGAUUGGUAAUUUCUUCAAGUGGUGGUGAUGAGGAAGCAGACUUUGCAAUCAAUAAAAGUUGUUUUCGUUAUGGAAAUCUGAUUCCACCUUCAGCCUGGAUGCAGAGGAUAUCUACGUUUUCCAGAUCCACAUCCCCUCUUGUUCGAUUUCUUGGUUGGAUGGCAGUAUCUCGUAAUGCAAGACAGUACAUGAAUGAUCAGCUUUUUCUUGCUUCGGAUCUACCACAGCUGACGUACUUAUUAUCUGUAUUUUCAGAUGAACUUUCUUUAGUGGAUAAUGUUGUCAAUCGAAAAUAUGAAGAAUCAGGAGGCAACAUUGUUUCUGCAUCCAUUAAAGGAUUUAAAAUUGAUGAUCAGCAACAUCGGGACCAAUCUUUUCGUGUCAUCUAUCCUUACCUCUCUAAGUUCUUUCCCAAUAUGAAAAAGCAAUUUGAAGCUUUUGGAGAAACCAUUUUGGAGGCUGUUGCACUGCAGUUGAGGUCCCUUUCUUCGAGUAUGGUGCCUGAUAUUUUGUGUUGGUUCUCUGAGUUGUGUUCAUGGCCAUUUCUUUAUACAGAGCAGCUUUCCGCACGAAACAGUAAUGACAAUUUGAAAGGUUAUGUUUCAAAGAAUGCCAAAGCAAUCAUCCUUUAUACACUUGAAGCCAUCAUAACUGAGCACAUGGAGGCAAUGGUGCCUGAGAUACCUAGAGUGGUGCAAGUGCUGGCAUCCCUUUGUAGGGCAUCUUACUGCGAUGUAUCAUUUCUAGACUCUGUAUUGCGUUUGUUGAAACCAAUUAUCUCGUAUUCUUUAUGUAAGGUGUGCGAUGAGGAAAGGUCAUUGGUUGAUGAUUCAUGUGUUAAUUUUGAGUCCUUAUGCUUUGAUGAGCUUUUCAAUGACAUCAAGCAGGCAGCAAAUGAAGAUAAUUCUACAGAAAAAGUGUACAACAGAGGAUUGACAAUUUUCAUUUUGGCGUCUGUCUUUCCUGAUUUAUCUGGUCAGAGUAGGAGGGAAAUGCUGCAGUCCCUGAUUUUUUGGGCCGAUUUUACUGCCUUUGAGCCAACUUCUUCUUUCCACAAUUACCUUUGUGCAUUCCAGAGUGUUCUGGAAAGUUGCAAACUUCUGUUAGUUCAGACUUUACGAUUCUUUGGUGCCAUCCCACUGGAGCUGCCCACUGAUGUAUCAAUUGGUAGUAGUUUGGAGUCACAUUCGUGGUUCGUCAAUGAUGUCUACCCAAGCGCUGGUCAAGAUAAGGUUUCUGAGAAGUUGAAUGGUAAUAAUGUUGAUGCUGAUAUUGCGAACAAAAGGGUCUAUCAUUUAUUUCCCACGGAGAUAGAAGAAUUCUCAAAACACUUGGAGGUUCUCAUUGAUAAGCUUUACUCAACGACUGAGCUGUGUUGGAAUCUUCAUCAUCAACUUUCUAAGAAGAUUACUAUUAUAGCAACAGAGUGUCUUAUGUACUCAAGAUGCUUGACAUCAAUUGCAAAAAGAGUCAACAACGCUCAAGAAAAUGACUCUGAAAUUUCUUUCCCAUCUACUUCAGCUGACCAGUUCCUUGAUCAUUGGAGGUAUGGCUUAGAAGUAAUUUCUGAGACCAUUCUGACCCUUCAGAAAAACAGCUGCUGGGAAGUUGCAUCUGUCAUGCUUGAUUGCCUACUUGCUGUGCCCCAUAAGUUUGCCCUUAAUAGUGUGAUUGGGUCCAUCUGUUCUGCAAUAAAGAACAGUUCUUGCGAUGCACCGAAAAUUGCUUGGCGAUUGCAAAGUGAUAAAUGGUUAUUGAUUAUGCUUACUAGAGGUGUCCAUUCCCUCAAGGAAUGUGAGGUUCCUCUUGUUGAUUUGUUCUGUACAAUGCUGGGUCAUCCUGAACCUGAGCAACGAUCUAUAGCGCUUAAGCUCUUGGGAAAGCUUGCUGGCCAAGAUUUGAGUGGGGCAAGUGACCUUCAAUCUUCCAUGCUCUACAAAAAUUUAGUUUCACCUGGUUUAGUUACAUCUGUUCCCGAGUCAAUAAUCUCUCAUUUGGUUUCAAGUACAUGGGAUCUGGUGGUUGUGCUGGCAUCAUCUGAUGCAUCAUUACUUGUAAGGACUCGUGCGAUGGCACUUCUUGUAGAUUAUAUCCCAUUUGCUGAGCGACGUCUGUUACAGUCAUUUCUUGCGGCAACUGAUAGUAUUCAUGGUUUGGGAGAGCUUUCCCGUUCUAGUUGUGAGGGCCCAUCGCUGAGGCUUUCAUUAGCACUGAUUGCUGGUGCUUGUCUAUACUGUCCAGAUGAAGAUAUCUCUCUGAUUCCUCAAAAUGUUUGGAAGAAUAUUGAGACUCUAGCAUUGUCAAAAACUGAUGGCAGGUCUGGGGGUGUCGAGAAAAGGGCUUGCCAAGUCUUGUGUAGAUUAAGAAAUGAAGGGGAUGAAGCUAAAGAGGUACUGAGAGAAGUGUUAUCUUCAAGCUCUUCAAAACAAUUUGACCCAGAUUUUGAAAGUACUCGUGAGUCUGUUCUUCAGGUCCUUGCCAGUUUAACUUCUGCAACAUCGUACUUCAACAUUUUCUCAAACAAAAUUGACCAAGAAGUCAUGGAACUAGAGGAGGCUGAAUUGGAAUUGGAUAUUCUUCAGAAAGAACAUGCAUUACAAGAAUCACCUAACGAUUCUAAAGAUGCACACCGGAUUCCUUCUUUAAGCUCUCCUCUGAAAGAUGAUGCACGGCUUCAGCAAAUCAAGGAUUGCAUUCAUUCCUUAGAAAAGUCCAGGCUACGUGAAGACAUAGUCGCCCGCAGGCAGAAAAAACUUCUCAUGAGACGUGACCGGCAGAAGUAUUUGGAGGAGGCAGCUUUACGAGAAGCUGAGCUACUUCAAGAACUUGACAGGGAGAGAGCAGCUGAAGUUGAAAAGGAUAUCGAGAGGCAGAGAUUGCUAGAAAUUGAGCGUGCAAAAACGAGGGAGCUGCGACAAAACCUCGAGAUGGAGAAAGAAAGGCAAACACAGAGAGAGCUUCAGCGUGAACUAGAACAGGCUGAAGCAGGAGUACGACCAUCACGACGCGACUUCUCCUCUACUUACAGCAGUCGGCCCCGAGAUAGGUAUCGUGAAAGAGAAAAUGGAAGAGCGGGUAGUGACGGUAGCACAAGAUCAAGUACCGGAAACUUGCAGCUCGAAACUUCAACUACCAGUUCUUCCAUGGGGACCAUGCCAACUGUGGUUCUGUCUGGGUCCCGGCAAUUUUCAAGCCAGCCUACGAUUUUACAAUCACGUGAUCGUCUGGAUGAUGGCGGCAGUGGUUAUGAAGAAAAUCUGGAUGGAAGCAAGGACUCUGGUGACACGGGUAGUGUUGGAGAUCCGGACUCGGUAUCAGCAUUUGACGGACAACCUGGUGGAUAUGGGUCAGGUCAGAGGCAUGGUUCUAGGGGGAGCAAAUCCAGGCAGGUAGUGGAGCGGAGGGAACGCGAUGGUAGACGAGAAGGAAAAUGGGAAAGGAAACAUUUAUGACUAACGGUUUCAGAAUGAGUAAAAUUGGGUUCUAGGCUACGAUGCUCGAGCGUAUGUACAGAAAGACGUGCAAUGUACUAGGUCGUACUGUGAUCUCCCUCAGGAAAAAACCAUUACAAAGAGAUUCUGAACACAGAUUUUGAAAGGAUGCUCUCGAUUGGAGUCCCGACAUGGUUGCUUGAUGUGGUGGUAAAAACGGUGAAAUUCUGAUGAGGCCUUGUGUAACAUUCCUGUACCUUAAUUUGAAAACUUGUAUUUUGUGUUUA